UGGACCUUGUUUUUCUUCUGCUUUUCUCGGACCAGAUGGGUUGUCCAGUCGUGGUUUCUGCUUCUUCCACUCUUUCCUUCCACAACACGACCCUCUGCUGCGCCUGCUGAUGCUUGCGCUCCGUCGUUUACGAUGCCUUCUCCACUCCAUACCAUCUUCGCAAACGCGCUGUUUGAGAACACAGCCGCGCGAGAUACCUACCUAUGCCAGAAGAUGGGAUCCAAGUCGACACGAACCGCUUCGUUCGACGAAAGCACCGAACGAACCUCGACGAAACACGCCUGAGCAAGAUCCACGCAAGGAUACCAUAGAUGCCCCACGCGAACCUAUCGCCAGGCGAUCCAGUACUGAGGAUAUUGUUAUUAGAUUCAACAGUCGCAAUCCACAGAUAGCCCACAACAUCAGACGACUGCAAUACCUGCUCAAUCUUGCCAAUCACAAGGACGAUUUGAACUGGACCUUGCGAGCGCCCUUGUGGAGAGCUUAUAGCCUAGCGAAAGAACACAAAGUGACAGUUACCACAUAUUUAUCUCAAAGAGCAUGGAAUGUAUUAUGGAAGUCGCAGUAUGCGGACUUCUUCAACGUGGAUCGUCGUAAGGCUCACUUAGCUGAACUCGACCGCGAUCUUCUCGUAGCGCGCGGUCUCCUUGCGGCGAAGAUAGAUCCAAUUGCUGGGCAGGUCGCAUAUCACAUCGAGGAAAAGUUCAUGGCUGGGGAGGAGCAAGCGGCGCUCGAGGAGUGGGAGACCAGUCGCCAUGAAUUCCCGAUGACGCCUGAGUAUUUGGACGUAGGAGCAAGACUUUACGGGCUCGCAGGACUACCAGAUCAGGCACGAGCUAUAAUGGAUGAUCUUCUCAAGUUGGAUCCAAACUGGGAUCUGUCUGUUAUGAUGGCAGUGUUCCGCGCCUAUACCAGCUCGGAAUUGAAGCAGCAUCAUAAAGAGGCGAAGGAGAUUUACUAUUCUAUGAAAGCUAGAAUCGGGUCCAAUGGUGCCAUCGAGACAUAUGACUCCUGCAUGAUUGGCUUUUUGGAAGCACGAUCGUUGCCAGACGCGAAGGAAGUGUUUCGCGACAUGGUCCGCGAAGGCUGCCUCGGAACUGAAGGCUCUGUGUCGCAUGUCAGAGAGGUCCUUCGAAGGCUCAACCUACUCUACACAUUGGGCACAGAUAUCUCGAGGAUGACUAGCAUUGCACUGGAUGCCAUCGCAGUAUUGCCACCAGCAUACCACGGCCACGUCUUCGGCGACUGGAUGAAGUCCGCGGUUGUGGAGAACGCACCUCAGGCAGCCGCUCAAGUCUUCGAUAUGAUGAUCCAGCGAGGCUGCGAGCCUGAGACGUUCCAUUUCAACUUACUGCUGAGAGCGCUUCUACGGACGAAAGAACCUGAAAACAUCUUAAAGGCGGAAAACCUUGGUUGGAAGAUGAUUGAAGAAGCAAGAGAGUCGAUGCGCAAGGAGCGACCUGCUCCACAUAGCCGCGUAAAAGCCAUCGACAGAAAACUGAAAGACGUCAGCGCACUAAAUGCAAACCCUACGAUAGCGGUGCCCGCAGCAACCGUGUCAACUUUCGCUCUGAUCAUGCGCCAUCAUGCCCAAAGCCUGCAGUGGGAGCAUGUGGACUAUCUUGCAAGACAGCUAAAGUUUGCUAGCGUUGAGCCAAAUUGCACGAUCAUGAACGUCCUGAUCGACAAUAAAUGUCGACAAGGGAAGUUCGUUGAGGCAUUUCAGAUCUACAAAUCACUUACCGACAAUCCGGACUCAAGUGCAACCGUGUUUCCCGAUGGCCAAAGCAUCCGGUGUCUGUGGAAGACUCUUCGCCUUGCACUCGCCGAUCCCGUCAAUCGAGAGGACCCCAACCUGCCAACACCACGCGAAUUACUCCGUGAAACCACCAACUGGUGGACGCAAUGUCGCAGUCGGUAUGAUGCCGACCGCUUCCUUCAAGGCUUGGCCGCAGCGGACCGGGGUGCCAUCAUGGGUCUGAUCUUGCACUGCUUCAGCUACUUACGGGAUCUGCCUGGCUCACUCAUAGCUCUGCACGUUCUCCGCCUCAAGUUCGGUAUCCGCCCCACGAAGAAGACUGCAGAGAUUUUGCGACGGCAACUUGCAUGGGUGGACAUGCACGGAGAGAUUGAGUCGGUCCGCAUGCAGUUGGGACGCAGCAACAGCAAUGCAAGGAACAUGGAAAGGCUCAGUCACACAUAUGGUCAGUUGAAACAGCGCAGACUUCAGGACUUGAACAUUACCCCGGAUACUCUUGAGAAGUACAGCAAAGAGGACAUGGGCGACAUCGAACUCGACGUAAUCAGCGAGUUCGUACGGCUUGUUCUGCUUGCAAACUACCCACCAGAGAUUGUCGAGGCUAUGAUUGACGGCGCACGGAAUGCUGUUGGACUACCGAACCUUCCAACUGGCCAUGUGUUUGUCUAGGACUGAUCUGAUGCUCCUUGGGAUCGAUUACUCUGCGCCAACCAGUUUCAUUGACGUCCUGUUCUUGGGAUGUUUCCUCUCAGCAAAACCAGGUCCAACUGCGCUUGUCGUAAUUGCAUUGUACCAUAUAUUUUCAAGAUACCCCGUGAACUCCACAGACCUAGAUUCCCAUGUAUCAUAUCAAAUCGUAUCUUACA